AUGACCAUUGCGUCCAGCAAUUGCAAUCCUGCACCGCGCGAUUUUACGCCGCGGUGCUUAACUGAUCUGGCGGUCGACUAUUCUAUCUUGUUCACGGACGAUAUGCAAUCACUCCAGCGCACAAAAUUGGCCAAAAAGUGCCAUCAACUUAACCUUUCUGUUAUUACAUCAGCCGAUCUGGACGAUGCUGCGGUCCGGCGUUGUUUUCCGACGCGGUCGAUUUUUGUGGUUCGUAGUGGCAAAGGAACGAUCUCUGAAUCGCUGCAGAGGCAGCUUGUAGGCUAUGCCUUUAUGAUAGUCCCCGAUUUCUUUAUUGAGAGCCUCAUAGAUAGCUGCGUUAAAGCCCAGCUGAAGUUCAAUGAGAUCGUUGCAAAUCGCCUGGGUCUGCCCAUAUCUUACGUUUCUCAGGCACCGCUUAUCAAUGGCUGGACAAACUCAUCGUCAGCUGCAGGCUCUUUUGGAAACAAUAUCGCCAUGAUCCAGCACACCGUGCAGACAGCGUCAACCAAUGGAAUGUCUUUCGUAAGCGCCAUGCGUGGAGAUAGUGCACAGGUUCUCUCUAUGGUCUUUGCCAUUCAGGACAUGUAUCAUCUGUAUGCCCCCCAGUUCUCUGAUUCUGUCAAGUGCGACGUCCCCCUCGGCGUCUCUGCCGUCGUGCCACCGACCUUUCUUAAUAACCAAUCGUACACUCCAAUCCAGAUGCUUCCUAUGCUAUGCGACAACCCCUCAUCGGUCCUGUACUAUGUCAACGAUUGUCGGCCCGUAGGACUUUAUUUAGACAACUGUAUCCCGAACAUUCCGCUUCCCAGGCUUUUCAUCCGCCCGCAAGUCGCCGUUCCUCAGAUUAUGCCAAACAUUGAGCUAGCAAUCCAUAAAGGAGAAAGCGUUAUCAAACUGUCGGGAGAACUGACCAGAGGGUAUGCGUUCUAUGAAAACACGGUAAAAGCAUCGGUUGCCAUGCUGGCUAAAAUCUAUUACAAUGCUAUACAUGAGGCGCGCUACGCCCUGGAGCUAAUCAAGGACAGUUUAGCCAACGUUAAAGCCACCCGUACAGCCUCAGUCAAGCCACGCGACUUUUGCUGUGAUAAAAAGGUUGUCGAAAAGGAUCAAUCUGGAUUUCCGGAUGUGGACUUUUCAAAGCUCCCUAUUACGCCGGACAUAGCCAGCGUCUAUCCGGACCUUAUCAUGGAUUACGACGAGCUAGGGCUUGUUUUUGGAUACCGCCUAUUAGAGUUUUCCAGGACAAAGAGGACAUGGUCCUCGUGGGACAGUCGAGCGCCUUUGGUGGCCUCUCCGCUAGGAUCCUAUUUCUUAGAUGACUACUACUCAGCCAACAAGCAAGAUGCUGAUCAGCUAUUGUCCUUGCCAUACUUCGCACAGACACCCUACACCACCUCUAUCUUCGAUACCACAGAGAACCGCGUCGAGUCUGAGAUAGCCCGCCUGCGUGCAAGAGACUCAGACGAUGUAAUUGUUAUACGACCAGCACGCUGCCCCGACAAGGUGAUCGCUGUUCCUCGGAACGGCCGUCCCUUUACCACCUUCCAACUCAUCAAUGCUGUUACAUAUCUCUGCAAAAACAUGCACAGAAUUAACAAGAUGACACGAAGUAGCUCUGAGGGUCUUGUGGCAUCUUCGAAACGGCGCUCAAUGGCUUCCUCAGUGGCCUCGCUGAACAAGUUCGGAAUACCUCUGCGCUUCCUUGCAGAUUAUACGAAUAGCGCAUCCCAUCGGCGCCAGAUUAGCGAACCAGAGGAUAACGACGAGGGCCUUCAAGAGGACAGGUCACGAGGCAAGUGUGCCGUUUGUGGCGUCAACUAUAUGAACUACUUCGAUCACGUACGAUCCCAUGUGCAUAUAGAGAAGUAUCGCGAACUAUUAUGCGGACUCAACAUAUACAGGCCUCUUCAAAACUCCAUGACCCUUUCGGAAUACAAGGUGUCGAUGCACAGACAGCUCGCCAACAUAAUCAUGUUUAUUGUCACUCGCGAACAGAAGCCAUAUGAUGUGGUGGCAGAAAAGCUCAACGAGUGCCUGAGCGCGAUGGGAAGCCGCAUCCAGGUGGAUCCGUAUGACCUCCCUCGCAGUAGCAGCCCAACCUGUCGCACCUCCUCGUUUACUACCUGGCGAGAGCGUAUCUUCCGGACACAGCAGCAUGCAUUCCAUGAGACUCUGAUUAAGUCAAUCGAGUACUAUGGCGACACACUGACUCCUGGCGCCGGUGCCGAUACUAAUAUUGAUGCUGGGACAAUAGGAAUGAUGGGGGCGAUUGUUAAUGGGACCGGUGCGUUUCUACGGGCCCAAAAGCCCGUGGUCAAGAGUCCUUUGAGUUCCGUGUCUGUCAAACAUGUUUCCUCGUUAGAAUACACGCAGAAGUCCUUCCAAUCGUACUGUGAUCUGCUCAUGCAAGCUACCUUUUCAUCCAUUGGGUUCAGCAACUGCAUUCGAGCAACCGAAAUCCUUCAAGAUGCUGCAGCUGACUUCUUCCCAGCCCAUGUGCUAACUGAUCUCCAGGGGAAAAUAGACCUUGUAGCGCCCAUAAAGGUUCCCUUCCGAGGCAUUGAAGAUCUCAUUCCUGAUAGGGUACUUUAUAAACCGCUUUACGACAUUCGGCAUGAGCUCAUGAACAACUACAUGUGUUCAACACCGGUCUCUAGAGACGGUUCACUUCUGGACAUUUCGAUGCAGUCCACUGAGCUACAGGCUCCAGAAGCGGCAGGAAUGGGAAAGCUGCUGUGUGAUACUACUCUUGGAGAUAAUUUUCAAAGUGAGCUCAUAGAUGAAUACAUAUUUCAAAAUACAAACAAGAUGCACCACUAUGAUAGCUUCUCUGCAUACGAUACCGUCAUGUACACAUUUUAUCAGGAUUUCGUUAGAGAAUCUCUCAACUUUCGUUACGGAUACUUUCAGGUAGGUGAUAUUUAUAAGAAUAUCAUGCAGCAGGAACGGCGAUCCGGGGCUUUCGGGAUAAGUGAUGACGCCGAGUCAGCGGAGCAAGACCCACUUGAGGCCUUUGAACCAUUGGAUGACGCAUUUAUCGAGAUCUAUCGUUACCUUGCGAAAUCAUUCUACAAGCUCCCGCCGUCCGCUCAGAACAGUCUCAACAUUAAGAUAUUUUCAGAUAUGCAAGAGAGCUGCAAGGAGAAUGAAACCGAGCAGAUGGAUCUCAAUUCGCUCUCCUCAUCUACUAAGGUUGACACACAAUCUCGCAAUCUAGAAGCGAUGACCGAAAGCAUUAUUCAGACACACGAAAAGUCGCAUGCAGAAAGUGUGGAUUCGAAAGACCCUUCCUCUAAAUUGAGUGUACACUUGGGCUACGAAGACAAGAUACAGAGAGGCUCCCUGGCCAUGUUAUCCUAUAAAGGGUCUGCAGACACACCGAUCCCUGGCAGUGACGGGGUAGAGAGCAGUUUUGCAGAGCCCAGCGGCUCGCUACCAAGUGCAUAUCACAACACUCAGCAGUCAGAUCUGCUCUUGGCCCUACUUCAGCACGAUUCAGAAGCAUCUGCUGUUGGAUUGAUUGACGAUUCUAUGUGCUACAAAGGCACCUUUGAUGCUGUUUCUCACCAACCAAUUGAGGUCCGCCCGUACGUUCCAGAGACGAUGCUACGCGAGGACGUCAAUACUCUGGACACGUAUCUGAGUAACAAAACAGCAUCUGUUGCUAUCAAGCCAUAUACUCUACCAGGGAUGCAAUCUAUCAUAGAUAUGAGCUCUGACGCUAGUAACAUCGAGAGGGGCGACGGAGAUCUAUACGAUCACGACUCUAUCAUUGGAGGCUUUAUCAAGAAGUUGAGUAAGACAUGCAUUGGCCAAACUAACCCGCCUGGAUCAGGGUCCACCUCAGGACAAGGAAGUCCAAACCCAUCUCGUGACAAGCGGAUGGAGGACAUUGUUCUACCCGUUCACAAAGGCGUCCCACUUGUUCUACCGUCCAUCACACGCAUACUAAACACUCACCUUCCACUCAAUCAGAACGAAACAUUUGAGACUAUCUGUGAACCCCCGGACGGUACCCAAGGGCGUGUCAUAUUACCUCCUGAAUACGAAAUCCGGACUAAGAAAACCCCAAAUAUAGAGGACUACAUAGGACUCUUUCACAUUUGUGACCAAGGUGGCCGAGAAUCUUGCGCACCAAGCACGGCUCUUUCUGACGACUAUCUGAUGCCUGCAACACUUCUCAGAGAAAUAGGGGGGAUCAAUGGCGCACCUGAUCCAGCAUUUUACCCCACUGUGUGCACACUAAUGAAGACAAUUGAUGCGCUAUUUCCUCUUUGCUCCCAGCUACAAGAGAAUUACGAUAUCCCAACAGCGAACAAAGCUAGCGACUCGCCUGGAGCAAACCUUCUUGACCAUGGGAACAGCGACGAGCUUUCCAUGGACGAUAGCAUGUUCUUGGAAUCGCUUUGUCCGCGUAUUCGACGAUCGAACUCUAUACCUGGGCCGAUACAACUCUCUCCUGAAGCUAUUUCAAUCUCUCUUCUUGCAGCAGAUUCUCCAGCCGGUUUAGACAUUGAUAACCCUGUCAUGCAGAAGACGCUCGAAGAACUCCGCAAGGAUCUCUCUCCAACAUCUCCAGUUGAGGGCUCCGCUGAGCGUCCUGUGGAUAUUUGCGGAUCAGCAGAGGGAAGUGGUGGACACAAUACAGUUACAGGAUUAUACGCGGGGCCGCAGCUUUAUGAAAAGAUUGGAAAGAGCAGGAGAAUAGAAGAGUCAACGACCUAUGUGUCGACACAACUAUCUGGAUCCGACUAUGGAAGCUCUUACGAGCAGGUCACUUUUCCCGACAUCUCAACUUUUUCAACACUUCGAGAGGCACACAGCACUCCUCUAAGGCCUGAGGAGGACACAUCUCCCUCCAGACAUCACAAUUACCUCACCUCCAUCGUUAAAGAGAUUGACAUGAACGGCAAUCCGUUUCCCCAGUUCUGUACUCUCCUCAGAUCAAUAAUUUAUUCAGUCAACUCCAGCCUCAUAACAAGCUAUAUGCUAGGAAAUAAUGCUUUACUUAACGCAUGCUCUGCGUUUGAGGCUGUGUCUAAUUCUGUGUUGGGCGUCUCAACUCAGAGUGCCAUGAUUCAACCAAUCCAUCUAGCGAUUCUCCAAGCAGGCGUCAUAUCGAAACUACAGUCCGAUAAAAUCUCGCUUGGAUACGACUGUUUUGUUAAGCGUAAAUACACAAGUAAGAUACUGAUGGAAAAACACCCCCGGCCUUCUGUCUACGAUUGCAAUGGUCUGGCAGACGAGCUAUCAAACAUUCUCACAUAUAAAUUAAAUCAAUGA